AGUGUGUUGACCUCAAGAUGUCAGACGUGUGUUCAGUGCAUGAACAUUUAUCAGGACUUUAUGCUUAGAUUGGAUUCAUAAGUUGGAGUCAAAUGGAGAGGUCAAAAGAGGAGUCAAAUUUCCUCGCUCCAUUUGCAUUGUGGCCCGUGGAGCUGAAGCUAACACACAUUGACUGCAGUUCUAAUGACACGCUGGUCCACUUCCAGGGUCAUUAUAUGACCAUCUGUGAAUUAGACUACAACAUUCUUCAAGUUGAAAUCCAGAACGCCGUGAAAACCAAAGCUUCCAUUCAGCUCGGAGAACUUUGCCUGGUAGAAGAUCCGCAAUCUGGUCGCUGGUACCGAGGACGAGUCCAAAUCAAAGAAAACGGUCUGUAUCAUGUGUUUUUGAUGGACCAUGGAGAUGUUUUGACUGUCGGACCCAAUAAUUUGUCCAUGCUAUCCGACACACUUCGGAUGCUCCCGCCAAAGAUCGUCUGUGGUUUCUUUGCCAACAUACUACCAGUCCAGAAGCAAUGGAACAGUUUGACAGAGAAUUACUUCUCCUCCUUAAUAGGCAGCCAGAUCAAUGGAUACAUCCAUGCCCGUCUACCUUACCAAGUCCUGAUUCUUGAAGUGCCGGACAUUAAAAGUGACUUAUUAAAACUGAAACUGGCAAAACAUGUGGACACCAGUACGUUUCUUUUACUGGUUGAGAUGCUCAUUGAGAUACCAAUUAAGCAAAGCAACGAGUCUGUUCCAGAUCUCCUGAUCGAAAAGCAAAUGGGCCAAGAAUACUGUCUCAAAUCCUCAAACCUACCAGGCUUCGAAGAGAUUCUGUCUCUUAAUGGCCCAAAGCUCAAAGUCGGUCAGAAAGUAGAAGCCUUUGUAACCGCAGCCGUAAACUCUGGUUUGUUUUACUGCCGUUUAACAUCCAUGGGGAAAGAUGCACAGAAAAUGUCCCAGAGAUUGGUGCUUGAAUGCGAGUCAGGCAGCGUUGGCUUAAGCAACAAGGUCUUUGAAAAUCUGGGAUUGCUCUGUGCAGUCAAAGGAAAGGAUGAGAAAUGGCACCGAGGGGUCGUGCAGUGCCUUCCAAUCAGCUCCCAUGUCAGAGUGAUGUUCAUCGACAGUGGAUAUUGCGAGUCAGUAAAAGUCGAAAACAUCCUUCAACUGCCAUCAGAAUUCCUCUCCACACCCAUCAUGGCUGUUCCGUGUUCGCUUUCAUGCCUGGGCGGCCAAGAUGACGCUGUUAAAAAACAGCAGAUGGAGACUCUCAAGAGUGCAUUGCUGGGGAAAUCUUUAGAGGUUGCAGUUGACGGCUUUUGCAAAGAUCAGAACUUCUACCUGGUCACUUUGAACGUCACUGAGAAUCAUCCAGAGGAGCAAGUGGAAGAUGUUGAAUCGUCUAAAAGCGAGAGCAAACCAAGCUUUCCCCUUUCGAAAUGGUACGCUGCAGAGACAAAAAAGAUCCAGAAACCUGAUAGGGUUUCUAGUGAUGUGAUACAGGACGAUUCUCUGUUUGAAGGCUAUGUCAUUCAUGUCCAGAAUCCCAAAAGUUUCUGGAUUAGGACCAAAGCACAGAACUGCAAGUUUGAGGAGAUGAUGAAGGAAAUUACUGAAUACUUCAGCAAAGUACAGUUGAACGAGGAGAUCUUUGAAGACCCAGUGCCGGGCGUUCUUUGCUGUGCCAUGUAUGAAAAUGACUUGCAUUACUACAGAGCUCUUGUGGUAGACACUUUGGAAAAUGGAGCUGAGGUUUUUUUUAUUGACUUUGGGAACACAGAAAAGGUGCCUGUCAUGUUAAUAAAGAAACUCCCCAAGAAGUUUGCUCUUGAACCAGAAUAUGCCAUGAAUUGUGCUUUAGCCCACAUCGCUCCGCUUGAGGACAGCUGGACGGCCGUAACUUCAGAUUUCUUCAGGCAAGUCACAUCCAACAAAACCCUGCAGGUUCAUGUCAUUCACCGAAGAAAUGGUAAAUACAUUGUUGAGCUGUUUGAGGAAGAAGGUGGAAGUAGUAUUGCGACCGUCUUGACAGCAGCAAACAUGGCUGAGUAUUGGAAAUACAACCCAACAUUGCCGCCUGUGGAUGUUAAGAGGCGACGUGAAGACAAGGAGAAGUUUUCGAACAAGAAAAAAAAUAAAACGGACCCUUAUGAAGUGAGCUGGUGUAAAUCAGACUGGGAACAAGAAAUUGAUGUUGCCAAAGAGACGACAAAACCGAAGGUCACUGCCACAGAGAUCUUUAAGCCCAUGCAUUUCAAACCUGGAUGUGAGGUAAAUGUAAUUUGUUCUCAUGUAAAUUCUCCUUCUGAUUUUUGGUGCCAGAACAAGAGCACAAAAGGCGAUUUGGACAAAAUGAUGGAGGAGAUGCAGACAUUUUACCAAAUGCACAUGGUUCCGUUCGAGUCGCUGGCAGCAUGUUGUGCUGUAAAAUGUCCACAGGAUAACAGAUGGUAUAGAGCAUGUAUGUUAAGUCAAGACAUAAAAGAUAUUUCUGUGAUUCUGGUCGAUUAUGGUGUUGUUCUCAAGGAAAGGAUGCCGAACGUCCAAGCUCUUGCGUCACAGUUCUUUGAACUUAAGGAACAAGGGUUCAGGUGCAGCUUAAACCAGACCGAACCUGUUGGAAGAGAUGCGUGGAGCGCAGAAGCAUGCAAUUUGUUCAAGGAUUUCGUCUCUGAGGAUUCAUCCGAAUUGACGUGCCAGAUUAAUUCCCAGCUUUAUGAGCAAGGAAAAGGUCUCUUUAAUGUUGUCAACAUCCGCAAACCCUUUCUUCAGGCCACGGCGUACCUCCUGGAAAAAGGCGUUGCAGUGGAAACGCAAACUCCAAAGCAGCUCACCUCAUCCGUGUAUCCUCGCUCCUUCGUUUACUCGUCAUUCAACUUAAGUUCUGGAAGCGAAGAGCUGGUGUAUGUUACCAGUAUCUCUAGUCCAUGGGAAAUCUAUUUUCAGCUAAACAGAAACACUGAGAUUGUUGAUAAGCUAAUGAAGAGAGUUGCUGAAGAAAGUCAGCUCUUGUCUACCACGUCUGAGGACUGCAGCGGUAAUGUUUGCUUGGCACGAUAUUUUUGCGAUGGCCAUUGGUACAGGGCUCUGGCACAACCUGUUCAGUCCCCGAAGCACCUGAGCGUGUUCUUCGUAGACUACGGCAACAAGCAGCUUUCUGAAAAAAUUUAUGUCAUGCCGAUUCCCAGGAGAGCACUUGAGUUGCUGAUGACACCCAUGCAGGCUUUGAGGUGCAGUCUUUAUGAUGUUACCGAUGGGGAACAUUUGCCAGAAGUCAACGCGUGGCUCGAGACGGCCGUUCUUAACCGUUCCCUAAAGGCCAAAAUUGUGACGAGAGACAACAGCGGACAUUUCGUGUGUGAUCUUUAUGAUGGAGACGUGCAUGUGAAUAAAAAAGUCAAAGAGCUCAUUGCAACUUACGGCGUGAAAGAAUGUGAUUCAUGUGUCAGCAAACCUACCAGUAAGACAGGCAGCAAACAAAGAUCAAAACCAAAGAAACCUCCAAAAACAGAACGGAACAAAGCACCAAAUAAAGGAACGGUCCCCAAGCAGCGCAACACUUCUUGCUCUCCUAAAGUAAACCUGCCUAAACUUAGUGAUCUUCCUGAUAUCAAAAUGAAACCAGGUUCUAAAGGUGUGGGCUUCAUUUCUCAUUGCGACUCAGGUCGCUUCUUCAUCCAGAUGGAAGACGAUGAACCAAGCAUCCUUCAAAUGUGCGAGGAACUAAACGCUGCUGUCCUUAAAGAUAACAUGAAACGUGUGACAUCAGAAGUGAAGGUAGGCGAUCUCAUUGCCGUGGAGUUUGAGGAAGACAUGACUUUGUACAGAGCCGUUGUCACCAAAUUGUUAUCCUGUAGACAACUGCAAGUUGAAUUUGUUGACUAUGGUAAUACAGCAACCAUUGACAGGAAGAACAUUGUUCUGCUUACUAAUGUGUUUUUAUCUCAGCCCAGAUUGAGCACUCCUUGUGUCCUUGAAAAAUAUCAUUCCUUGCAGAAUGAGGCAUUUGUCAAGGAAGCAGUCGGUAAACCUUUAAUGGUCAAGUUUGUUCAAAAGCAUGGAAGUUCAUGGAAAGUCAACGUUGAAGUUCUUGAGGGUGGCAACAAGCUUGAUCAAAGAAAAGACGCAUCGUUACCAUUGCCAGACAAAAGCCCAAUAGUGUCCCAAAACAAAACCCAAAAGUACGAUGUUCGCAUGCUCAAAACUAAAUCCGAAGCCCCAGUCCAACGAAAAACCAAACCAGUCCAGGUUAAAAACAAUCCGACGUUUGCAAUGAAGCAAAAAAUAAAAGCCGUCACCUACAAAAGGACAUUCGAAAAGCCAAAGUCAUCCUGGAAUAAAAAAUGUAGGAGGACACAGACCGUCUCAAAACCAGAAACACUGGUCAUCUCCAAACAAAAAUGUGACACGUCAGCAACCAAAACUGAGAAGAUCCCACCGGAAAAUGUUUCUACAUGUAAUGCAAAUGCAGUUGAAACACCCAGGUGUGCUACGCUAUCUCAGACAAAUGUAAAGGAAAGUAAAGCCAUGUACAAUCUGAAAGAGUUGCUUGCUGACCAUAUUGCCUCCUCAAAAACUUGUACAGAGAGCAGUGUGAACAACGCAGAUCAGACACAGACCCUGUUCCACGCACCGGUCCAAAUGAAUGCUGACUAUAAAGGAUUUGCAGCCGCAGUCACCACCCCGGCUGAAUUUUACAUUAUUCUUGAAGAUCAUCUUUUAAUCCUUGAGACCGUGUCAGCCGUGCUUGAGAACCUUCAGGAAGUGAUGGUGCCAUUUCCAGAUGCUCAUUUAAUUCCAGGUGCUUGCUGUUUGGUGAAAAUGUCCGAAAAGGAAAAAUGGUGCAGAGCAGAGCUGGUGCAGUGGGAUUCCAGCUCAGUGCUUAUAAACUUAGUCGACUAUGGCCAGUAUGCGGUCUUGUCCCAACAAGAAAUCAGCCAGCUUAAACAACUUCCAAAGGAACUUGCUGGAUUGCCCAAAGUCACCUACCACUGUUUGCUGAGGGGAGUUAAACCCAAUGACCAGGACUGGUCUGAUGAAGCCGUCAUCUUCUUUCAGAACUGUAUGUGUCGGAGGAACCUUCACAUACGCUUCAGACAGCACGUGUCUGAGACUCAGUGGGAGGUUGACAUCACAACUGAAAACCAAAAUCUUGCCAAACUACUGGUAGACGCGGGGCUCGCCACGUAUAUUGACAGUAUGCUUGGAAUCCGAUUUCAGCAAGAGAUGGAGAUAACGAAGCAGUCAUGUGAAGCUGAUAGUUUCCUGAAGGAGGUUCUUUCAAAGAUGAAUGUUUCAGAUGAACCCAUGUUUGAUGGGAAGUCGUCUCAAGAGUUUGAUGGGCAUCAAGAGGCUACAGACCAUUUGAAUAGCAGGGAUGAUUUUGGACCUGUGGAGGCAAAGCUUACUUCACCGUCUCGUAUCAAACCUUGUAAGUAA